AUGACGGUAAGUUACGUUAAAUUCUUUUUUUAACUAUUUGAAAUUGGUUUCUACUUUGCUAGCUACAAAAUUCCGCCGAGAGAAAGACUUGACUCAUUUUGGGUCAAGUGUUUCUCUCGGUGUUUUACACCAGAAUUGCAGGUAAAAUACGUCGUAAUAUUAACAGUUUCCCAUUUUGGUCGUAUUUUAGAUGUUGAAAUCGCGGAAAUCAGUGAAAGAAUCAGCAAAAUCGAGCAAAAAUAAUGGGAGCACCCAGCUCAGCGAAAAAACCCCUCCCGAAUCCGAACCCAUGCUACGAACGGCCCAAUCCAAGUCUCACAUCUCUCGACUCUCCUCGAUUCAACGCUCAAUCAGCGGGCGACAGACCUGGACGAAUGGAAUUCAAUUCAUUUUAACUUGUACAUCGUAUGCGGUGGGGCUCGGAAAUAUCUGGCGAUUCCCGGCGGUGGUCUACAAAAAUGGCGGUGGCGCGUUCUUGAUCCCCUACUUUUGCUGCUCCAUGAUUAUCGGUUUCCCGGUUUUGUACUUGGAAUUGUGCCUGGGGCAAUUUGCCAGAGCCGGACCGGCCGUGGUGUAUGGACGAAUGAAGCCGGCGUUUCAAGGUGAGAACGUUGUUGAAAGUGGUCAUAAAAACCUUCAUUGUGUAUUAAAAAUUGCAAUGACCGUUUAAUUAGAGAGUUUCCAAGUCUUUGAAGUCAAGAGGAAAACUUGACUCAUUGGUCAAGUCUUCUCCUUGAUCGAAUUAUAGGAUAUCGAGGCUCGGCUGGGGUUGAAAAUAUGCUAGGAAGGUUUUUGAAGUCAUGAAAUUGAUAAGAAAUACAAAAAUGAUGAUUCUAGGAGGCUUUGAAGAUGAGGGAAACACUUGACUCAAAUUAUGUUUUUUUCUCGCUGGAAACCAAAUUUUGUAAUUAAAAAUUCAGUUAUAUACUCUUUAUACUCCAAUUUAUACGUUUACUCAAAAAUCUAUCAUUUUUUCUAAAUUGAAUCCGAGAGAAGCACUUGGCUCGAGUCAAGUGUUCCCUUCGCCGGGGGUUGUUAUAUUUCUCUCAAAAAAUUUUCUCAGCGACAUUUUUGUUACUAAAAUACCGAGUUACUGAAGUAUCAAGUCUUUUCCGGCGGGUAUUAUUGCAAGAAAAGACUUGACUCAAGGUCAAGUCCUCUUUUAUCCCAAUAUGGCUUGCAAAUUGGUUUCUUCGUAUUUUAAAUAAUUAGUAAUGCAAUUUCAGGUAUUGGCUGGGUAAUGGUGACAAUGUCAGCGGUGGUGACAAUUUUCUACAACAUGGUCGUGGCCUGGUCGAUAUUAUACAUCUAUGUUAUUGUGUCCGGUCAGUCCUAUGACUUGUGGAGCUCUUGCCGCCACUCUUAUAACACUAUUUGUGAGUCCUUUUUUAACAAACUAAUUUUUUUUUUUUUUUUUUUUUGACUUUACCUUAUUUUGGAUUGCAAAUCCCCGUUUGACGACCAAAAAUGCGCCGAAUAUUUGGCGGACCAGACGGCUUUUGCGUUUAACGACACUUGUCAUCAUGGGAAUGAUACGAUAGCCGAAUAUCGAACCGAAUUGUACAAAAACUGGAGUGCGAUGAGCCCGGCCGAAGAGUUUUAUGAGUAAGAUUGGAAGUUUUAUUCAAUAAAGUACAUAUUUCAGAAACUACAUCCUCGAAAAAUCCCCGGAACUUGGAGCUUUUGGGAUGAACUGGAAGCUGCUUGGAUCGUACAGUGUGGCCUGGCUGUUGACGGCCGCCGCUUUGUCCAAAGGCACUAAAAUCAUUGGCUACCUGUCGUAUGCGACGGCCACAUUGCCCUACUUGAUUAUGCUGAUUUUGUUUGGAAGAGCGGUGUUUUUGGAUGGCGCGUACGAAGGGAUGAAGUAUUACAUUUUGGAGCCGGAUUUGAGCGUGGUCUAUAAUCCAAAUGUAAGUUUAAAGUCGGGAAUAUUUUUCUGGAUAUUCAAUUUAAAUAUUGAAAUGAGUUUUGGAAGAAAUUUGCGAUUGUAAAUGAAUUUGUAGUUCGAGGGAAACACUUGACCCAUUUUUGUGAUUCAUGGCUAAUUUGUAUAUUUUUUGGCUAAUUUUUGAGCAAAAAAUUCUGAAGUAAUUACAAAUUUUUACUCUUUAGUAUUUGAAAAGUGUAGUUUGUUCUGAAAGAAACACUUGACUCAUUUUUACAGUAUUACAGUAUCACUAAGAAUGCGGCUCAAAGAUGUUUAGAUUUGAUUUUUGGACAUUUUUUUGAGGGUUGUCAUCUGAAAAAGAAAAAAUAUUUAAGAGAUUUCCUUUCUGGGUCAUGUCUUUCCCUCACUCAUCACUGAGGGAAAGACUUGACGCAAGGUUUCAACCUUAAGUAAAACACCUUUUUCUUUUGCUCAGAGACUUACUUUUUGAAGUUCAAAAAGCAUUUUGGGUUUUGAGUCAAGUUUCUCCCUCAAUAAAAAUUUUUGAGUCAUGUGUUCCCCUCGAUAAAAUAAGGUUGUGCAAUAAUUCUUUCCUGAUUCUUCGAUUCUAGCAGCUCCUAAAUUUUCCAUUUUCAGGCCUGGCGAGAAGCCGCGACCCAAGUUUGCUUUAGUCUUUCCGUUGGAUUCGGUGGAAUUCUCUCAUUUUCCUCAUUCAACCCGUCAACUCAGAAUGUUUUCCGUGACGCGUUAAUUGUGACGAUCGCGGAUGCAACGAUGAGUAUAGUCGGAGGCACAGCGGUUUUCAGCGUAUUGGGAUUUAUGAGCAAAGAGAUGAAUGUCAGCAUCGGGGAAGUGGUGCAGGUAAGGUGGACUAGUGGGGAUUUAAGAGAUGGGUCAAGUGUUCCUUAUGUAAUUCUUGGUCCAAAAUUGUAUUUUCUUACCGACGAUGCCAUAAUUCGUAGCUGUAUUUCCGGUUUCGAAAGACGCGGAACAAAAGGGGAAGGCUUGACUCAAAAUGUGUCAAGUGUUUCUUUCGCCAUUCCUUUUUGUAAAAAUGUAAUUUGAAGGCAAAAAAUACCGUAAAAACGAUAUUCUGUACUUUACCAAAUUUUCUGCGUUCUUUCCCGGCGAAAGGAACACUUGACCCGCAUCGAGUCAAGUCUUUCUCUUUGCGCAAUACUCCCCCAUAAGCUCGCAGAUAGGGCGUAAAAUUUAAUUCAGACCCUCUACCGUCUUCUUUAAUAAUUUUUGAAUUUUGCAGAAUGCCAAGUUUUCGUUGUGGGACCCAGAUUAAUUAAGAUUUUCUUUAUUUCAGGAUGGAACAGCCCUUGCUUUUGUUGCCUACCCAGAAGCUUUGAUUCGAAUGCCAGUGGAGCCGCUAUGGUCCAUUCUGUUCUUCCUCAUGGUAUUUUUACUCGGCAUCAGCUCCCAGUUUGGCUAUGCAGAAGCCGCCAUCACCGCGUUUGUCGACCAAUUCCCGCGACUGAAGAAAGCCCACACACGAACGGUUUUUGGCGUUUGCACUGUGCUGUUCCUUUGUGGAGUAAUUUUGUGUACUAAUGUAAGUGUAUAAGACAAAAUUUUCAGUAUAACUUGAAUUCCAAAAAAAUUUUGGGUCCUGCCACGAAAGGUUGUGACAGCGCGAAAAUUUAUUACAAAUGUUAAUUUAGAGCUCAAUGGACCUCAGGACUCAUGUAUUUCAAUGUUUUAAGUUUGCGAUCUAAAAUUGGGUCCCACCACGAAAACUUGGCAUUGCGUUUUUAUAGGUUUAAUUGACCGAAAAUGCCUUUUUGAUAUCAAAUAUUGUUAUGCAGAACCAAAAUCAGUACCAAAAAUCCUGUUUUUAAUCUCUGAAUAAUCAAAUUUUGGGUCCCGCCACGAAAGUUUGGCAUUCUGUUUUUUGCCUCUAAAAACGCGGAAAAUCACUCAAAUUGUAAGAUUUAUAGUAUCUACAUUGCCUUUGGCUUUUUUGACCAUUGAAUAAUCAAAGUUUGGGUCCCACCACGAAAACUUGGCAUUGCGUUUUUAUAGGUUUAAUUGACCGAAAAUGCCUUUUUGAUAUCAAAUAUUGUUAUGCAGAACCAAAAUCAGUACCAAAAAUCCUGUUUUUAAUCUCUGAAUAAUCAAAUUUUGGGUCCCGCCACGAAAGUUUGGCAUUCUGUUUUUUGUCUCUAAAGACGCGGAAAAUCGGUCGAGUAGUAAAGUUUAGAGUAUACACGGUGUCCUCUAAAUGAUUUUUCUAUCUUACAUUGUAUUUUAGAGUGGAUUUUACUUCUUCAACAUCCUCAACGACUAUUCCUCCGGAUUUUCCUUGGGAAUCGUCCUCUUUCUGGAGGCUGUGCUAGUCAGCUACAUUUAUGGUAGGUUAGAAAAAAGUCCCAGCGUAUUUUAAAAGAAAUUCUCAGUUUUUAGGAAAGCUUUUAAAGAAUUUAUAUUAUACUUAAUAAAUCAAUAGCGAUUUGUCAUCUUUUCAUUCAAAAUUUUGAUGAUCUUCCCACUCAUAAUAACGUAUUUUAAAUUUCAGGCAUAGAGGACUUUAUUGCCGACUUGCGUUCAAUGUUUGGACCGCCGAAAAAUCGAUGGGGAUCGAUUUUCGGCCGGACCGGGCUGUAUGUCAAGACGAUCUGGAGGUUCCUGGCGCCGGUUAUGUGGAUAGUAAGCCUUUUUCAUUCUUGAAAACACUUUUUGGGAUACUUUUUUAAAACAUUUCCAAGCCAUAGGUUAAACUUAUUAAACUAGGAAAAACUGGAUUUUUGAGCAAUAUUUCUUUAUAAAUUUGGGCCAAUUUUUUACAAUCCGUAUUUUACAAUCUCUUAAGCUUCAUAUUUCUAAAAUCCGCGAAAUUUGAGCCGUUUUUCCGAUUGAGAGGAAGACUUGACUCGGUUUGGGUCAAGUCUGUAAAUUUAAGCCCUGAGAGGAGUCGGCAUAACAGAAAUGAAAGGUGGUAGCGUAUUUGACAAAAGUUUGAACCUUUUUUUCCCCAAAAUUUAUAUUUGUCUCGCCAAAAACCUUUUUUUUGGGUCAAGUCUUCCUCAAAAUCAAAUCCAAUUUUUGGCCCAAAAAUAAAUAAUAAAAAAUUAUUUCAGAUACUCACUGCCUUCACACUGUACACACAGACAACGAAUGGCGGAAUUUCGAUAGGAAAAGGCACCAGGAAGUACGUUUUGCCCGACUGGUGCACGGCUCUGGGAUGGUGUAUAUCCGUAAUCCCGUUGUUUUGCCUGCCCGGAUUUGCACUGAUCAACUUUUUGGUGUUCAGAAAGCAGGGGAAAGUAAGCCAGUCCGGUUUGAAAUUUUAGUUUCUGUUGAAACGCAAAUUUUUACUUUGAGGGUAAGACUUGACCCAAAGACAGAUCACAGCGAUUGUAGGCUUGUAAAAAUGUACAAUAGGCUUGUAAAUAGGCUGCUGACAAGAUUUUUACUAUGAUGUGUCAAGUGUUCCUUCAAAAUUGAGUUUUUGGGUCAAGUGUUUUUCUCAACAGAAAAAUGGUUUUUGAAACGGUAUUUUUCGUAUUUUAGCCGCUUUACGAGCUUCUCCGAGUCCAACGUAAAUGGCCUUCGUAUAACCGACACAAACGCCGUUGGGUCAAAUCGAAAAGUGAGGAAAAAUCGACCGAGAAAUCGUCUGAGCCAGGAAAAUCGAACGAAAACUCGACUGUUUCGGCUGCCGAAAAUUCCGAUCCAAACACCCUCAAAGAGCAUCAUGACCCAUUUGAGGAAAAGAGUUGA